CACAGGCUGGGAUGGUCUCGCCCGUACCCACUGGAGGCUGCAGAGAUUUAAUAUGCAGGUCUUGUGCCCACUACACUCUGUACUGCCGAUGACGACACGAGCCAAUCAGACUCGCACUCAGGGCAUAACACACUAAAUGGGAGAAUUUUGAUGCAGCUGCUUUGACUGAGAGAGCGAGAGGCUGCAGGAGAUUCUGGGCUGUGGGUAGUUGCUGCUAUUGGAGAGAAUAAAGAAGCAGUGGGGGGAGAGAAUUAAAGAAGAGACGCAGGAAUCCACCUCGCUGGCCGGCAGGACUGCAGUGAUGCCUGAGCCUAAAUGGAUUACAUGUGGAUUGACAGCCCAUAUUCAGGGAUCAGAACUGUAUUAGAAGAGUCCGUUUCUGCCGUCGUGGCCCCGCUGGGAAUACGUUGCGGAGAGCUGGAAGCCCACAAGGCCGUGCCAAUGGAAAACGUAUUUUUAGUAUUUAAGAAGGCGAGUCCAAAUGGAAAGCUGACUGUUUACUUGGGCAAGAGGGACUUUGUUGAUCACAUAGACGUUGUGGAUCCUGUGGAUGGGGUGGUGCUGGUGGACCCCGAGUAUCUGAAAGAACGAAAAGUAUUCGUGACACUGACCUGUGCGUUUCGCUACGGCCGCGAGGAUCUUGACGUUUUAGGCUUGACAUUUCGUAAGGACCUUUUUGUAGCCAACAUCCAAGCCUUCCCACCCGUCCCAGAAGAGAAGAAACCCCUAACGAGGCUACAGGAACGUCUCAUUAAAAAGCUUGGCGAGCACGCCUACCCAUUCACCUUUGAGAUACCUCCAAACCUGCCCUGUUCCGUCACACUUCAGCCUGGUCCAGAAGACACUGGUAAGGCAUGCGGAGUGGACUAUGAGGUGAAGGCCUUCUGCGCAGAAAAUUUGGAGGAAAAAAUUCACAAAAGGAAUUCAGUGCGUUUGGUAAUCAGAAAGGUUCAAUAUGCUCCGGAGAGACCCGGGCCCCAGCCAAUGGCCGAGACCACAAGACAGUUCCUUAUGUCUGACAAACCAUUACACCUGGAAGCCUCCCUCGAUAAAGAGAUAUAUUAUCACGGUGAACCCAUCAAUGUCAAUGUUCAUGUUACAAACAACACAAACAAGACUGUGAAAAAAAUUAAAAUUUCAGUUCGCCAGUAUGCUGACAUUUGCCUCUUCAACACUGCCCAGUACAAGUGUCCUGUCGCUGUGGACGAAGCUGAUAAUGAUUUUGUUGCUCCAAGCUCCACGUUCUGCAAAGUCUACACACUGACACCAUUCCUUGCUAAUAACCGAGAGAAGCGAGGCCUGGCCUUAGAUGGGAAGCUCAAGCACGAAGAUACUAAUCUGGCUUCUAGCACACUGUUAAGAGACGGAACCAACAAAGAAAUCCUGGGCAUCAUUGUCUCAUAUAAAGUCAAAGUCAAGCUGGUUGUUUCUAGAGGAGGCAUUUUGGGAGACCUUGCAUCAAGUGAUGUGGCCGUCGAACUGCCCUUUACUCUGAUGCACGCAAAGCCCAAGGAGGAGCCUCUGCACCGAGAAGUUCCAGAGAAUGAAGCCCCCAUAGAUACAAAUCUCAUAGAGUUUGAUACAAACGAUGACGACAUUGUCUUUGAAGACUUUGCCCGGCAGAGACUGAAAGGAACGAAGGAAGACGAAGAGGAGGAAGGAACGAAUUCUCCUCUAAUGAAUGACAGAUAAACUGGGGUCAAUUUAUACCUUUCACUGUGUUUAAACUCGUGGAUUAGGCGUCUUCGUUCCGAGCCUACCGAUAAUCCAGAUUCUGGCAGCCAUUAUUAUCUUAGUGCUGUUCCAUCAUUGUCACUCUGCAUAUUGCUACCUAUCUUGAGUUCCAGCUCCACUAUCCUAAAUGAAACGUGAGAAUUGAAGAGUGCAAUCAUGGUUCCUGCAUCAAGUUACGCAAAGGAGUUCUCGUAGCACUUUUGUAUUAAUCAAGUCUUUUAUGCAUUUUGUAUAACUCCGGUAGUAUCACACGCCAAUAUUUGUAACAGAACAGCUAGCAUCAGAGUCAAUUCUGUAGCUUUAAUGGUUUCUGAAUUUCAAAAAAAAGUUGCAUUUUCUAAACAAAAAUAUUGUUUUACAGACCUUUGGUACAACAGUUGGAGGCCGGCUGUGACACAUUGAUAAUAGUCUAUGGAGGGAAGAUGCCUAUUUAAAGCACUAGUCAUCUGCUAGAGAUAGAUCCACUUCAUUGUGUGGUAUCCAUCCCUCUUCAAUAUGCCUGUUGGAUAAAUAUGCCUCAUUUUACCCUCCAUCUGAACUUUUGUCUGUAGCGUCAGUAUUAAUCUCAUCUCCCUUACUCCCGUAGUGCCAACUCAUACUAGUAUUAUCCAAACCAUAUUAAAUAUCGAGCUCCCCAAUGGCAAAAGAUUUACAUAACAAAAAAGUCACAUUUAGUUUCAAAGUUUCAUGAUUAGAAGAAAUUUCACUUAAGGGUUCCUCAUCUGUUAACUACCCCGUGAAAAGCAAAUUAAGUAUAUGAUUUGUCAGUUGCUUUUGUUCUUAGUUUCUCAUCUUGUAUCAUAUGUAUUAAUUCAUCAAAUGGUUAUGAUGAUGCAACACAGUUCAAGAAAAUUAAGGGCAAUUAUUGUAAAACCUGGUACAAGACAUUCAUUUCUCUAAGUAGGAAAAAAAUCCAUAGGAAGUUAAAGAAGCAAAUUCCUAGUUUAAUUGACAAAUAGGUCCACCUAGUUCAAGCUUUUACUUUCGUAAAUCCUACUUAUGUUUAGCUAAUCCAGAGGGAGAUGAGAAAAUCUCAUCUGAAAGAGGUCUCCAAAAAAUUCAUUCCAAUCAGACCAGUCAUGAUGGAUCACCAUCACAAUAGGCUUUUAUUUACUCUCUUACUAUAAAUACAGUAUAUUCAGCCCUUUCUCGAAAACUUCCAAUGCACCUUCCAGUAUGAAAACUUCAGAAAGAGAAUUCCACAGAUUUCCUUCCACUGUUACAAAGUCUUUUUGCACCUUAAGAUGACAUUCGGUUUCGUUCUUAAGUCAAAGGAUGCCCUUGGGUCCUUUGGAAAGAGAAGUUAUAGUAGUAGGUCUCAGGUUAAAUUCUGGCGUUGAGCUUGAAACAUAGCUACUGGUAUGAUGCUAUGAAUACUAUUGGUUACAGUCCUCUCCAACGUUUCCCAUAUUAGGGUCUAGAUUGUAAUAACAUGUGAAGCCACUGGAACAUAGGGGCAAACUAGGUGGUAGGGGGCAUACAAAUCUCUCGGAGGACUAAAGCCAGCUUUCAGUCACCCAGGUAGACAGUGCUAAUACAGAACACUGCAUCUAGAAGAUCUAAGAGAGAAGAAGAGGUUCAUUGGCUCCUUCCUGGGACCUUCAAGUCCCAAGUCAAAUUCUUGUGACCACUGGGAAUUAUUUUUUCAAACCACUGGUUGUUGCCAGAGUCUUCUCAAGGCAAUUUACAUUUUAUUCCAUGUGUAUAUAUAUUUUUGUGUGUGUGUGUGUGCAUACCUCCAGGUAAGAAUGUGCUAAGGUGAUAAAACUAAUGAAAAUAUUUAAAAUGCCACAAACUUAAAAGUGAAUUUGCCUUAGAUACUAAAUUAAAAAGCAUUAGCUUUAUGGAGUAGUUUAUUCUUGAAAAAAGUAUUUAAGUCCAAGUAAAUUACGGUAAGAUCUUCAAUGGAACCCUACACCUUUGGCCUAUUAGUUUUAUUAUCAGAAGUAUUGUAGACAAAAACACAAUUUCCACAUAAGACAAACAAUAUUUACAAUGUUUUACAAAAAAUAAGUACACACUAGUAGAGCAGAUCAUCAUAGUGUAAAUCUAAUAUUUGGCUCUGCAGGAAUAACUCUGUUCAUUUUACACCACUUCAUUACUGAAGAAUCAUAUUUGAUCGGCAAACUUAAAUUGGAGUUUAAAUUCCAAUUUGUUUUUCUUUGCCCAAAUAAUUACUGAAGAAAUUACAUCUCAUCGUAUAAUUUACACUGGAGUUUAAACUUCUGUUUUUUUUCUUUGGUCAAUUCAUUACUGAAAAAAUGCAGUCUCAUCAAAAUAUUUAAAUUUCUGUUUUUACUUUGUAAAAUUCUUUAUCGAAGAAAUCAAAUCUGAUCCAAAAAUUUAAAUUGGAGCUUAAAUUGAAUUGUGUUUUUUCUUUGUACAAUUCUUUAUUGAAGAAAUUAUAUCUGAUCAUAAAUUUAAAUUGGUGUUUAAAUUCCCAUUUUUUUCCUCUGCCCAAAUCAUUACUGAAGAAAUUACAUCUCAUCAAAAAAAUUCUUUAAUGAAGAUAUUAAAUCUGAUCCUAAAAUUUAAAUUGGAGCUUAAAUUCCUAUUUAUAUUUGUUUUCUUUGCCCAAAUCAUUACUGAAGAAAUUAUCUCAUCAUAAAAUUUAGAGUAGAGUUUAAAUCCCUGCUUCUAUUUCUUUGGUCAAUUCAUUACUGAAGAAAUUCGAUCUCAUCAUAAAAUUUAAAUUGGAGUUUAAGUUCCUAUUUCUGUUUUUUAUUCUUUGUAAAAUUCUUUAUGGAAGAAAUUAUAUCUGAUUCUAAAAAUAUAAAUUGGAGUUUAAAUUCCUAUUUGUGUUUUUUUUUUUAUUUGUACAAUUCUUUAUUGAGGAAAUUAUAUCUGAUCAUGACAUUUAAAUCAGAGUUUCAAUUUCUAUUUUUUUUCUUUGGUCAAUUCAUUACUGAAGAAAUGUGAUCUCAUCGUAUAAUUCACAUUGGAGAUUUUGUUUCUGUUUCAUUUCUUUGGUCAAUUAAUUACUGAAGAAAGUAUAUCUGAUCCUAAAAUUUAAAUUGGCGUUCCUAUUUCUUACAUUUUUGUGUGCAGUGAAAAAGUAAUUUUAUAUUUUUUUGGCACAGGUAUAAUAUAAAGGAAGUCCAUUUGCUUUUCUAGCUGUAAAUGUGCCGUAGACUUCUUUUCUCGUCUGGUUAUUGAAUCAAAAUCUUUUUUUUUUGUUUGUUACUGUAUAAUCAGCUGGAAACGUUCCUUGGUGAUUUACAUUAUAAAUGUAUUAAAAUUCACUCGGUUUGUAGAGCUGUAUAGAACAGUAUUUAUCUGUCGUAGUUUGCCUUUAGAAACAUCAACACAAUUUAACAUUUGUGUAGGCAUCUCAAAUAACCGUAAUAAGAAUCUCUUUAUAUAUCUUAACGGUCAGAAAUGUUGCCAUUUUGGAAAAAUGAAAGAUCAGGAACGUAACGUAAAUUCUCUUGCGUUUAAGUAUUCAAUGGAUGGGAUUCUACUCAGCUGAACACAAGAAUGGCAAAUUAGAACUCAAACGAUAAAUACAUAGAAGCCUUUUAACACCACAAUUUAAUUGUCACCGUAUUUAUCGGCCCCAGCUGAGUAAUAAGUAUUUUUUAAAACUGUUGCCAUUUCACAUGCCAUGAGCUGCUUUGAAAUGUCACUGCGAUGAUUUCUCUGUAAAUAUUUACCUUUGUAUAACAAGCAUUUCAGGACUCCAUUUCCUUUUUUUUCUGCCGAUACGUAAGAUGUAUAUUUAGUGUUUUAACAUGAAUUGUGCAAAUCAUUUUCAGUUUGUUCCUUGAUAUGUCCCUGUGUUUGUGUUCGGAUUAAAACGCAGUGUCACUGUUUCUACUUAGAGAAUACAAUCUAUUUCUCAAGUUAA